AUGGCUCGCUCUCGCAGUUCGUUGGCCCUUGGCCUCGGACUCCUGGCUUGGAUCGCGCUCCUCUUUGCGCCCCUCGCCUUUGUUGGAACUGUCAACGCUGAAGUUGACGAGCGCGAUGAAUAUGGCACCGUCAUUGGUAUUGAUCUGGGUACAACCUACUCCUGCGUCGGUGUGAUGCAGAACGGCAAGGUCGAAAUUCUCGUCAACGAUCAGGGUAACCGUAUCACUCCUUCUUACGUCGCCUUCACCGAGGAUGAGCGUCUGGUCGGCGACGCCGCCAAGAACCAGGCUGCCUCCAACCCCUUCAACACUAUUUUCGAUGUCAAGCGUUUCAUCGGUCGCAAGUUCAACGAGAAGGAUGUCCAGUCCGAUAUGAAGCACUUCCCCUACAAGGUUGUCUCCAAGGAUGGCAAGCCCAACGUCCAGGUCGAGGUUGGCGGUCAGAAGAAGCAGUUCACUCCCGAGGAGGUUUCUGCCAUGAUUCUUGGCAAGAUGAAGGAGGUCGCUGAGGCUUACCUUGGUAACAAGGUCACUCACGCUGUCGUCACUGUCCCCGCCUACUUCAACGACAACCAGCGCCAGGCUACCAAGGAUGCCGGUGUCAUUGCCGGCCUCAACGUUCUCCGAAUUGUCAACGAGCCCACCGCCGCCGCCAUCGCCUAUGGUCUGGACAAGACCGAUGGUGAGCGCCAGAUCAUUGUCUACGAUCUCGGUGGUGGUACUUUCGAUGUCUCUCUCCUGUCCAUCGACGACGGUGUCUUCGAGGUUCUUGCCACCGCUGGUGACACCCAUCUCGGUGGUGAGGAUUUCGACCAGCGCGUCAUCAACCACUUCGCCAAGUCUUACAACAAGAAGAACAGCGUUGACAUCACCAAGGAUGCCAAGGCCAUGGGUAAGCUCAAGCGCGAGGCCGAAAAGGCCAAGCGUACUCUGUCUUCCCAGAUGAGCACCCGUAUCGAGAUUGAGGCUUUCUUCGAGGGCAACGACUUCUCCGAGACUCUUACCCGCGCCAAGUUCGAGGAGCUCAACAUGGACCUCUUCAAGAAGACCAUCAAGCCUGUUGAGCAGGUUCUCAAGGACGCCAACGUCAAGAAAUCCGAGAUUGACGACAUUGUCCUGGUCGGUGGUUCCACCCGUAUCCCCAAGGUUCAGUCCCUCAUUGAGGAGUACUUUGGCGGCAAGAAGGCUUCUAAGGGCAUCAACCCCGAUGAGGCCGUAGCAUUCGGAGCAGCGGUUCAGGGAGGAAUUUUGUCUGGAGAGAAGGGAACUGGAGGUCUUGUUCUCAUGGAUGUCAACCCCUUGACCCUUGGUAUUGAAACCACGGGUGGUGUCAUGACCAAGCUGAUUCCCCGCAACACUCCUAUCCCUACCCGCAAGAGCCAGAUCUUCUCGACUGCCGCUGAUAACCAGCCUGUCGUCCUGAUCCAGGUCUUCGAGGGUGAGCGUUCCAUGACAAAGGAUAACAACAUUCUUGGAAAGUUCGAGCUUACCGGCAUUCCCCCCGCUCCCCGUGGUGUUCCUCAGAUUGAGGUCUCCUUUGAGCUCGACGCCAACGGUAUCCUCAAGGUCUCUGCCCACGACAAGGGCACUGGCAAGCAGGAGUCCAUCACCAUCACCAACGACAAGGGCCGCCUCACUCCCGAGGAGAUUGAGCGCAUGGUUGCCGAGGCUGAGAAGUACGCCGAGGAGGAUAAGGCUACCCGUGAGCGCAUUGAGGCUCGCAACGGUCUUGAGAACUACGCUUUCAGCCUGAAGAACCAGGUCAACGAUGAGGAUGGUCUCGGUGGCAAGCUUGACGAGGAGGACAAGGAGACCCUGAUCGACGCUGUCAAGGAGACUCAGGAGUGGCUUGAUGAGAACGGCGCUGAGGCCACCGCUGAGGACUUUGAGGAGCAGAAGGAGAAGCUGUCCAACGUCGCCUACCCCAUCACUUCCAAGAUGUAUGCUGGUGGCGCUCCCGGCGGCGAGGAGGAGGGUGACUUCCACGACGAGCUGUAA